GGUGUGAGUGUUACUGACAUCGUGAAGUGUUCACGUUACAGAAGUGCUAUAUUAUAAAUCUGGAGUGUAAACAGAUGUAGAGUGGUCAGGGCUUAAUGUCCAUUUGGUUCGUCUGAACAAAAGGUUUUGUGAAACGCUGCUUUAAAGAGCGAAGGCACUCAACAGCUCAAUAAACCCCUCAGGCCUGCACGUACACGGCGCGGUGACGUCAUCGCGCAGUCUCUGUGUGGCGUGGCGUGGCGUACGUAACGUAGCGGGCGCGUUCACGUCUCCUCCGUCGCUGCUGCGUGCGCGCCCCCGGGCGGCUGUCGCGUGGUGCUGAUCGCUGAGGGCAGAAUCAGGCCGAGAGAUUCACUGCAGGAUUUAUUAUUAUUAUUUUACACCAUUUUACAUGUUUUAAUGAGAAUCCGCCAUUGUGCGGCUCAGAGCGAGGCCGAGCGGAGCGGAGAGGAGCAGGAGUGAGGGAGCAGACGCGCUGAAGAGGGACUUUUUUGAGGUUUAAGUUGGAGAGCACGUUCACGUUGGGGGAAAGGAGGAACGGAGACAUGGCCACUCAGGUGGAGACUCUCCUGCACACCACCAACACCACCACCACCACCACCACCGCCCCGACCCCGCUCCUGCACGAGGAGGACCUCCAGCCGCCCGCCGGACACGGAGCGCUGUCCCCGGAGCCGGGCGCGAAGCGGGCCGCGGAGCAGAGCAGCCUGCAGGAGAGGGAGAGCGCGGAGGAGAAGAAGGAGUUCAGAGAGGCGCCGCCGCCCAAAGUCAACCCCUGGACCAAGAAGCUCAACUCGGUGACGGUGAACGGACAGAGCGCGCCCGAGCAAACUGGACCAGCGAAAGUGGUGAGAGCAGGAAACCCCCGAUCCAGGAGAGGAGGAAAGGUUGGAGAUUUUGGAGAUGCGACCAACUGGCCGACGCCCGGAGAGAUCGCCACCAAGGAAGUGCAGGGGUGUAAGAAGACAUCAGUGAAGAGGGAGUCUAAAGAGAAGAGGGACAGCGAGGAGACUAAAGAGAACCAGAAGACCAAAUCAGACGAUUCAGGAGAGGAGAAGAACGGAGAGGAAGACACACACAAGAACAACGCUCACAGGAAGAAAGGAAAUAAGCAUAAGUGGGUUCCUCUGAUGAUCGAGGUGAAGUCUGAGGGACCGCGAGAGCGCUCGGCCUCCAGGAACAACGCACGCCAGGGAGAAACUCCCAGAAUGCACCACAACAACAGAAAUGACCUCAGAGACUGGCACAGUGGGAAAUACGAGCGUGAUCAGUUCAGAGACGAUCAUGACGAGGUGUCGAGUGUGAAGAGUGAGGGAGCGCCGUUCAGAGGAGGGUUCAGAGGACGAGGAAGAGGACGGGGCCGAGGAAGAGGACGAGGACGGGGAGGACGAGGUCACUACGACUAUCAGUACGGCUAUAAGUACGAGGGGAAGGACGGCGUGUACGACCCCAAAUACACACAGUCAGUGACCUAUUACUACGACAGCAUGAGCAGCACCGAGCUGUACAGCGUGGACCAGGACCUGCUCAAAGAGUACAUCAAGAGGCAGAUUGAGUACUACUUCAGUGUGGGGAAUCUGGAGCGGGACUUUUUUCUCAGGAGGAAGAUGGAUGAGGGCGGCUUCCUGCCUGUCGCCCUGAUCGCUAGCUUCCACCGUGUUCAAGCGCUCACCACUGACAUCCACCUCAUCACCGAGGCUCUAAAGGACAGUAAGGAGGUGGAGAUUAUUGAUAUGAAGAUUCGCUGUAGAGAGGAACCGGAGAAAUGGCCUCUUCCUGGAUUAACGCUUCCUGAACACACGCACACCGACUUCUCCCAACUCAUCCACUGUCCCGAGUUCAUCCCCCGCAACACGGCCGACACACCUCACGCAGGUGCAGGUUCUCCUCGUGUGCUGUCUGCAGCUGAGCAGAAGCUGGAGGAAGUGAGUAACCUGAAGACGAUGCCGAAGGGUUUAUCAGCGAGUCUCCCUGACCUCGACUCCGAGUGCUGGAUAGAAGUGAAGAAACGGCCACGCCCCUCGCCGGCCAGACCAAAAAAGCCGGAGGACUCUCGGAGUGCCCUCACUGCAGGGGAUCAGGAUGAGCCCGAGGAGCUGGACUUCUUGUUUGAUGAGGAGAUGGAGGCGAUGGACGGGCGGAGGAACACCUUCACCGAGUGGACGGACGACGAGUCAGACGGAGAGAUCGACGACCACGACGUCAACAAGAUCCUGAUCGUGACUCAGACGCCGCCGUACCUGCGCAAACACCCCGGCGGCGACCGGACCGGCAACCACGUUUCCCGCUCCAAACUCACUAACGAGCUCGUUAAGGUCAUUAACGACGGCCUGUUCUACUACGAGCAGGACCUGUGGCACGACACGUACGAGCCCGAGUACGCCACCAUCAAGCAAGAGGUGGAGAACUUUAAGAAGGUUCACCUGAUCAGCCGUGAGCAGUUUGACUGUUUGACCCCUGAACCCCCCAUCGACCCCAACCAGGAAGUGCCGCCCUGCCCGCCCCGCCCCCAGCACAUUCCCACAGAUGACUUGGCGAAUAAGCUGUUCGGAGCGCCGGAGCGUUCCAUGAUGGCGCGCUCUCUCCCCACCGCCGUGCCCGACUCGCCCGGAUACAGAGCGCCGCACACACCUCACACACCCCGCACACCCCGCUGCAAACACAACACACACACACCUCGCUUCUACCCCGUCAUCAAGGACGGCCGGCCUGUGGACGCCAAGACGCCGCGGAAAAGGAAGACGCGUCACAGCUCGAAUCCACCAAUGGAGUGUCACGUCGGUUGGGUGAUGGACUCACGAGAACAUCGAUCACGGACUGCAUCCGUCAGCUCUAACGCGAGUCCGUCUGAGGGCACGGCGGCGCUGGGGAACAUCGGCUGCACUCCUCAGUCUCUUCCUAAAUUCCAGCAUCCAUCACACGAGCUGCUGAAGGAGAACGGCUUCACACAGCACGUCUACCACAAAUACAGACGACGCUGUCUCAAUGAGCGUAAGCGGUUGGGGAUUGGUCAGUCUCAGGAGAUGAACACACUCUUCCGUUUCUGGUCGUUCUUCCUACGUGAUCACUUUAACAGGAAAAUGUACGAGGAGUUCAGACAGCUGGGAGUCGAGGACGCCAAGGAGGGUUACAGGUACGGGUUGGAGUGUCUGUUCCGGUAUUACAGUUACGGUCUGGAGAGAAAGUUCAGACCUGAAAUCUUCAAAGACUUCCAGGAGGAAACCGUCAAAGAUUACGAAGCAGGUCAGCUGUAUGGUCUGGAGAAGUUCUGGGCUUUUCUGAAAUACUCUAAAGCUAAGACUCUGGAGAUCGACUCCAAACUGCAGGAGUAUUUGCGCAACUUCAGACGCCUGGAGGACUUCAGAGUUGACCCUCCUAUAGAUGAAGGUCGUAAGCGUCACUCCUCCAGUGGAGAUGGGCGUCGCCGUCACCCGUCUCAGUCCUCUGCUCGCCACGCCCACACCGCUGACCACGCCCUGGAGCCUAAGCCUGGCCCCGCCCCCGCUGCUGACUCUGGCCAGUGAUCCACCGACUGAAACCAACACCACCAUCCUCACUGUUACCUGCCCAUUACCCAUAAUCCUCUGGGGUCCAGCCGCUCCCGCACGCAUCACACGGCCUGAGCGCCGGUGCGGAGGACAAAUCGAGCGCUUCCCUUCAAACAUCAGCGAUUUAUUUUUACAUUUUUCACCCGAGAGGCUGCUGAAGGGAAACUGUUCCACUCUUCAGUUUUAUUCUCAUCAUUUCUUUAUUUUUAUUUGGACAUCACACUCGGCGUGACCUUUGAUCUUUGACCUUUCCAGCCUGAACCCGUGCGAUUGGCUGAGAGAUGGGCGAUGAGGAGUUUUUGUUUUGGGUUUGAACUUCCUGUUUUGGGACUCGGUUUGCUGUUAAAUGAAGAGGGAUGAAGACUGAAAGUUGGAGCCGAACCUUCGGAACGUUGCUCAUCGCUCUUUUUCCACAGUUGCCUUAUUUUACUGAGUUUUUCUGCUUAUUGUGCGCCGGACACCUUAAAUACCCCCCCACCUCCCUGCCCCUCCCUCUCCACCGUCGCCCCUCCCCCCGACUCCACACACACACACACACACACACACACACACACAGACACACACACACACACCCCUCGUCUCCGUGUCUUCCGUGUGCUCUGUUCUGGACCGUACGCGUUCUCUCGCCGUGUGUUUGUGUCUGUGUUCACGCCCAGCGUCCGUACUUCAUCACAAUUACUUGAAGAACGAGAGGAGAGGAACAGGUGAGAACAUCUGAUCAUGCUGCAGGUGCUUUAGGACUUUAUCUCACACACACGCACACAUGAUGGAGGAAUGGGAAAAAAAACUUAAGGAAAAAAAAAAACCCUUUAAACUCUCACAGCUCCAGAUAUCAACUCACCUGAGAAGCCAGAAG